AAUCCAUCCACAAUGAGCAAGUGGAGGAAGGUGCUCAGUAUAUCAGCACAAGGCCUUAUACUCAGUAUAUCUCAGAAUGUGCUGUCCCCCAACACCCUCAAAUGAUGCUCUCCUCUUAUCCUUCUCCAUCUCUCACCACCAAGUAUUCUCUAUAUAUAUACUCCUUCAUGGGUCUCCUCUAAAACACCCACCAAAACCUUUCUCUUCUGUUAACACUCAUUAAAGAGAAGAAGAAGAAGAAUAAGAACUAAAAGAGAGAGAGAGAGAGAGAUGGUGAAGUUCUCAAAGCAGUUUGAGGGGCAACUCAUUCCUGAGUGGAAGGAGGCCUUUGUUGAUUAUUGGCAACUUAAGAAGGACAUAAAGAAGAUCCAACCCCUUGAAGCACCACCCAACACUAUAGGGACCAUUAACAAGCCAAUCACAAAGCCUUCUAUAGCUCAGAGGCUAAUCUCACCACUGCAUAAGCUCCCACUCUUUAGCUCCCAUGGCCACAAGGAUCAUGGAGUCAUACAGGUUCACAAAAAGCUCGCGAGCUCUGCGAGCAGCGGGGACAUGUACGAGACCGAACUCCUAGAGCAGUUCGCCGACACCGACGCAGCGAAAGAGUUCUUCGCGAGGCUCGACCUCCAGCUGAACAAGGUGAACCAGUUCUACAAGGGGAAGGAGAAGGAGUUCCUGGAGCGAGGGGCCUCUUUGAUGAAGCAGAUGGAGAUUCUCCUCGAUCUUAAGGCGGCGCUGAAGCAGCAAAAGGAGAAGUGUUCAUCAAAGGAUGAUCCCUCCAUCUCUUGUUCCCUUGCAUCUGAAGAGGGAUCCGCGAGGGGCCCAACAAUAGAAGAAGAGCAAGUCCAAGAGAGCCCAACACUAGCAUUUGAAAGGAAUAAUAGUAGUGGCCAAACAGAGAACAUACUAUCAAGCUCUCAUCAAAGGCUAGAUGACUCAGGGAGGCUUGUGAUGAAGCCAAAGAGGGAGGAAGGGAAGCUCAGAAAAAGCCUCUCAGGGAGGGUAAUAAGUUGCCAAGGGAAGAACCUGAGGAUAAACAUACCCCUCACCACACCUUCUAGAACCUUCUCAGCUCUCACUUACUUGGUGUGGGAGGACCUUGUGAGCCAAUCAAAGAAAUGUGGCAAUGAGGGGGAUCAGAAGCUCAAGAUCAACAAAAGCAACCUCCACCAUGCUGAGAAGAUGAUUAGAGGGGCCUUCAUUGAGUUGUACAAAGGAUUAGGAUACCUAAGUACAUAUAGGAACCUGAACAUGUUGGCUUUUGUGAAGAUUAUGAAGAAGUUUGACAAGGUGACAGGAAAACAAGCUCUACCAAUAUAUAUUAAAGUAGUGGAGAGCUCCUAUUUCAAUAGCUCAGACAAGGCCAUUAAACUAAUGGACGAGGUGGAAGAGUUGUUCGUCAAACACUUCGCCGAAGAUGACAAGAGGAAGGCCAUGAAGUAUCUUAACCCCCAUCAGCACAAAGAAUCGCACGGGGUCACGUUCUUCAUCGGACUAUUUACGGGAUGCUUCGUCGCGCUCUUGGUGGGUUACUGCAUUAUGGCGCGCAUAGCGGGGAUGUACACUCGCCAAUCCGACUCAAUCUACAUGGAAACUGUGUAUCCUGUUAUUAGCAUGUUCAGCCUCUUGUUUCUGCACUUGUUCCUCUACGGAUGCAACAUAUUCAUGUGGCGCAAGGCGCGGAUAAACUACAGCUUCAUAUUCGAAUUCGCGCCGACGAAGGAGCUCAAAUACAGAGAUGUGUUCCUGAUAUGCACCGCGUCGAUGACGAUAGUUGUGGGCGUGAUGUUCGCGCACUUGACGCUUACGGUGAAGGGGCACUCUUCGUCGUCGACUCGAGCGCAGGCGAUCCCCGGCAUUUUGCUCCUGAUGUUCCUGAUGUUGCUGGUAUGCCCUUUCAAUAUCGUCUAUCGGUCGAGCCGCUAUUGCUUCCUCAGAAUCUUAAGAAACAUCAUCUUGUCUCCUCUGUACAAGGUUGUUAUGGUUGAUUUCUUCAUGGCUGAUCAACUAUGUAGUCAGGUUCCGAUGCUUCGGAGUCUCGAAUAUUUGGCUUGCUACUACAUAACUGGGAGUUACAAGACACAAGAUUAUGGAUACUGCAUGAGAGCUAAACAUUUCAGGGACUUAGCUUAUGCUGUGUCCUUCUUACCUUACUACUGGAGAGCCAUGCAGUGCGCGAGGAGGUGGUUCGACGAGGGAGAGACGAGCCACCUCGUGAACUUAGGGAAGUACGUGUCCGCCAUGCUCGCGGCGGGCGCGAAAGUGGCCUACGAGAAGGAGAAGAGCAUCGGAUGGCUCUCGCUCGUCGUCGGGGUCUCGAGCGCCGCGACGAUCUACCAAUUGUAUUGGGACUUUGUUAAGGAUUGGGGCCUGCUCCAACUCGACUCGAAGAACCCCUGGCUCAGGAACGAUCUCAUCCUCCGAAGAAAAUUCGUGUACUACUUGUCGAUGGGUUUAAAUCUUUUGCUGAGGCUUGCUUGGCUACAAACAGUUGUACACCCAAAUUUUGGGAGUUUGGAUUCUAGGGUUACUUCACUUUUCCUAGCAGCUCUUGAGGUGAUUCGGCGCGGACAGUGGAAUUUCUAUAGGUUGGAGAAUGAGCAUCUGAAUAAUGCUGGAAAAUUUAGGGCAGUGAAAACUGUUCCAUUGCCUUUUCAUGAAGUGGAACAGGAUUGAGAGAACACUUAAUAUAAGCUUGAUCAAUAAGCCAUGAUC